AAUUUAUUUCUUUUUUGCGCAACAUCUUUGGUUAGGGAGGAGGAGAAUCGGGAGAUGAAACAUCCAGCAUUUAUUAGAGUGAUGCUGAAACCGUCAUUCUUGGAGGAUAAUGAAAAACAGAUGGACAAUCUUCAGAAAGCCUAUGAUCACUUCACCGAUUGGAAAAAUCGCAGUCAUCUCAUUAAGUUUGGCAAUUACUUGGGGAACGAAUGGCUAAGCACAAUACAAAAUGCUCCAACAGACAAUCUCAUCAGACAAUUAUGGGUAAAAAUGAGGCCGCCGAUGGAAGAGACGGCAAACCCUUGGGAUCUUAAACUCCUAAAACCUGCAGAACUCUUAACAUUCUACAGGAAUGUUAGGCAUCAUGCGAAGAAAGAGUACCAAGUGGAGGAAUCUCUUUCUCAAGUUUUGAACAAAUUCAAUGAGCUUUUGAAUUUAUCGCAGAAGGUUGAAACUGCAAUCUAUGAAUUUGCUAGACAACUACCAAGUGGAGUGGAGGACUUUUUAACUUCCGUAGGAUAUUGAUCUAGACUUUUGGAUGAGUCUUUUGAUGACUUGACUUCGGUUUUCCCUGCUUUUAAUACUUUGGGUCGGGUAUGUUGUUUGUAGACAUUUCAAACUGCAGAUUAGGAUUUCGGAUAUCAGGAAUAUGUUGGUUUGAUUGGCCCUUAUCUUUUUGUUUCAAAUUAUGACUUUACAUUUUUGUCUCGAAUUAUGACUUUGUUUUUUUCAUCUGCUAGAGAAGUAGGUAAAGACUGGGAAAUGGAGGAAAGGAAAGGAGAGGAAAAGUGGCCUUAUUUUAAUCAAUUAAAUUAAAUUGU